AUGACUAUUGAAAUCCAACAACUUCAACACUUGCAAGAUACUACUUCUAUCCAGUUAUCAACUCCUGAGCCACUUCUCACUCAUUAUCUGGAACGUAUCAUCAAUUUGUAUUUCAUUGAUUUUAAGUUGAAUGAUCAUUGCACAAAACUUCAUUUCGCCACUUCACCAAUGCAAUGCUUCAAUUCACAACGUACCAGUUCCGAUGAAACUUAUCAACUCUCCACAAAACAGAGUCUUGCAACAAAUAUUAAUAUGCAAUCAUUCUCUAACUAUAUCGCUUCUAUCAAUCCAUCGCAUGCUUGUACAACAAUCUUAACUCAGACUCCACCUACUUAUCAGAUCUGCAAUAACAGUUGA